CAGAUAUAGUGAAUACAGGGUCCGGGGAGACCGGAUAUAGUGAAUUCAGGGUCCGGGGAGACCAGAUACAGUGAAUGCAGGGUCCGGGGAGAUCGGAUAUAGUGAAUGCAGGGUCCGGGGAGACCAGAUAUAGUGAAUGCAGGGUCCGGGGAGACCAGAUAUAGUGAAUGCAGGGGUCCGGGGAGACCAGAUAUAGUGAAUGCAGGGUCCGGGGAGACCAGAUAUAGUGAAUGCAGGGUCUAUGGAGACCAGAUAUAGUGAAUGCAGGGUCCUGGGAGACCGGAUAUAGUGAAUGCAGGGUCCGGGGAGACCGGAUAUAGUGAAUGCAGGGUUCGGGGAGA